GCCGUCUCUGAGGAUCCCCGGGAUGAAACAACGAUUAGGCGAUCAGGCAAAGUCGAAAGUGGUUAAAACCUAUAGCAUGAGCCCUGCAGUAUUCAACAACGCUGGGCGCUAGCUGCUAGCAUGCUGGAUGUGGCAUGUUGGAAGGGUGAACAGUAUGGGUUUAUGACGGCAUAGGAGCAGCACUUGUUGAUGUAUGUCUGUUAUGACUCCAUAAACCCAUACUCCAGUCUGCGCUGUCUGCCAGACUAUGUGGUUAGCUUGGGUUCUGCACCGCCUACUCCAGUCUCUGACCCUUCCCACUGCCCAUCACAGCACUUCAAAAACCCCCCCCCUUCCCUCCCAGACCCAUCUCCUCCAAGGAUAGCAUCAUACCACAAAGUAUUCUCCUCAUCAUCCAACAUCUCAACACAUCCAUCUUCACCACUUCCCAUCUGAACAUCAAUCGACAUGUCUGCCAAUGAUUACUACAACAAAGGACCUCAACAACCCCAAUAUGGGCAACCCCAGCAAGGAGGGUACUAUCCCCCACCUGGACAACCACAAGGCUACCCACAACAACAGCAAUAUCCUCAAUACCCUCAACAACAACCAGUCUACGUACAGCAGCCUCCAGCCAAGAAAAGCGGUGGUGGUGGUACCGGGUGUCUAGCCUGUCUUGCUGGUGCCUGUCUCUGCUGCUGUGCCGAAGAAGCAUUAUGCGACUGUCUAUUCUGAGGAACUCGCCAUCUGCUCGUCCCAGGCUGCACCAGAAUCGACCGGACUUACUGGCACUCCUCCUGCCCUUUUUUGCCCAAUUUCUCCACCUCGUAACCAAAGACUUCCGACUCGUAUUGAAUUCUGUAACUAUUUUACCACGCGUCUUGCGUUUUUUUUUUUUACUUUCGACUCUUAGCCCAGCCAAAGACGGUCAAACAUAGCUUUCUCUCACAACUCCAGUAAAAAGGCAUUCUACUUUUUGUUUAUCUCCUCUUUACUACUCAAGGCGUUCAAAGAUCCUUGCUAUAAACAUCAACUAAUCAACUCAUGUCCCCUGUUGGUCUACACUCCCCCCCCCCUUUUUACAAACGGUUGUGCAGAAACAUACGUCUCUAAAGCAUUCCCUAUCUAAUCUUAAUCCUUUCACCUUUUUAUCCUUGCUUCUCUUCUGUCUUGCUUGAUGGUCAAUUUGAAUCACCGAAUAAAUCAUUGGCUUCUUUUACCAACGUCUGCGCCCCUCGUUGUCAGCUGGGCUGUAAGCAAUUCAUGCGUGAUUCAAGGUGGAAUCCGUUGCGCAUGCCUGGUAGUAGUACAUAGGCCCC